AUGAGUUCAAUCGCGGAGGCACUGGUAUCACCUCCCCCGUUAAGUCAUGCUCUUCUUUCGAGCUUGGGCAAGGGAGCGCUUAGGGACUAUUUACGCAGUCCGGAACUCUCAAGUGUCUUUGCUGCAGAGGUGGUUCCACUGUGUUCAACAUUGAUGCUUACUGCGAGAAGCCCGCAAGUCAUUGACAAGCAUGUCACUGCUGCAUCGAACGCUCUCUGCGUCUUUCUCAACGAAGGUGUCUCGAGCAAAACACCCGAGUUCUGUGAGUUUGUGUUGUCCAAGGAAUCAUGGUUGGAAGCCCUCCAGUGUGUCCACAAAGCAUUUGACGAUGGCAAGAACAAGCCUGCUUUUCAGUUGCUGGAGACUCUGUGCAGUCUGUUACCCCGAAUCACCGGGGAUCUUAUCGUUGAACUUCUGACACGAUCCGCAUUACCGCUUCUCACAGCAUUAAUUCUGGCUUCUCCUCGAUCUGAUGUGAAGAAGUCUUGUCUUAUGCUGUCGAGUUUGGUCCGGAAGACUCCAAUAAAAAGUCUGUUAAGUAUGCUCACUGAGCAGAUAGUGGAGGACAACAAGUCAAAAUGGAAUCAAUGUCUUUCAUUUCAUAAUAUUUCAACUGAGGAUCUUCUCAGCCUGGGCCCUGAGAGCAUGGUCUCCUUCUUCUUUGCACUAAUAUUCGCAAUGAUUGACCUUGACACAAGAACAUCUGCUCUGAAGCUCUACUCCUACUUGUGCAAUGAUCAAAUUGAUGAUCCUGCCACGUCCGAACUGCAAAGCCUGGGCGAGCAAGCCAUUAAAUUGUUCCUUUCCAGAAACCAGGCCACCUUAGGCGAUUUCGCCGAAAACGUACUGCCAGCUAUUCUUGGUGAUAAGAAAAGGUUCUUGGUGUUUGUCAAUGAUUACUCUUCGUCAUGUCGAGAGGAUGAGACCAGAAUGUCAAUUUUUCUCGCUGCACUGAAAGUUGGUCGAUCGAAGAAUAUACUGUCCGAAGAUGAAAUGGCGGGUAUUUUGAACCAAGCGGUAUCCGAACUUGUGGCUUCGCCAAAAAGUCAAGAAGACCACAACCGGCCUUUCGAGUAUCUACUUACUCUUCGAAACCCCGAGCUCAGAAUAUUGGCAUACGGUCUAAUGACAAUAUCACCCGCUGCAAAUGCCGCGGUGUCUCGUGGUAUUCUAGAUUCGGUUUCUUUUGGUCUCAAAUACUUACAUAACGAUGCCGAUGCCCAUGAAAGGGGCGAAAUCUUGAGUGUCACCAGGAGGUUUUUGAAACGAAUAUCUGCGAGCCAUGCAGCUCUAUCAAGAACACCAGAAAGUAAAAGGCAGGGUGAGAUGGUCGAAAUCAUCCUAAAAGACUAUCGAAGCUUCGCCCUCAAUCUUUACGAAUUUCUCAAAUCGGAACUUGGAGGCCACAUCUCCUAUCAGCGACACAUCCUCGCUUUGCAUUCCCUACGCUGCUUCAUUGACCAUGUGGUAGAUCCUGGAAUAUACAAGUAUGAUAUUGUCCUCUUCAAAUCGCUAACCAGUCUGAUCCUCGAUCCUUUCGAGGAUGUGAGAAGUACUUCUGCGUCACUCCUGAAAGUCUUAAAAAUGCAGUCCCCGAUGACUUUGGCCAGCAUUAUAGACGAUGAUUUUAUUGCUUCGGUAAGUCUUCUUGCGGUCGACACGGUCCGAGGGGAUCAUGCAGAUGGGCUAGGAAGACUGUGGGCUUUGUAUGAUACCCUGGAUGAAAAGGUUCCUGGUGUCAUGGAGUGCUAUGAUCAAGGGUUCUACUCCUCUAGGUUGACAACACUACUGCGGCUGCAGCGCGAGUGUCUAUCCAAAACUACAACGCUAGGCUCCAGUUCUCGCUUCCCAAUUCAUGGAUCCCUGCUCUCACUUUGUUACCGGCUUCAGGAUAUGAAAAGUCAAGCCACCAUAAUACCUACCACUUUUCAAUCGACAGUCCUUGACGACUGCGUUGCCAUAUGGGGAAUGGUGAGAUCAAUUCUUUGUGUCGACUCCCCGGAGACCGCUUAUGAAGCCGAGGACGAAGAAGGGAAGGAAGGUCCGAAGGAUUUAUUGGCCUAUUCAUGGAGAGCACUUCGAGAUUCAAGGUAUGCAUUCUUGGGUUCCUGUGUGGUCUUAGCUUACGAAAUCAGUCUGCUUCUACAGUCAUUGUUGAUGGCUGUUGAACUAGACUCUCCAUUACACUCGGUCAUAGGAGACAUUUGCUUGGACCAGCUGAUAUCACUCCGGCAUCGUGGUGCUUUCUCAACUGUUGCACAGACUUUUGGUAUAUGUUGUGAUCGUGCUCGACUGUCCCCAAAUGAAAAGAUCCGCUCUCUUAAUCAGAAAUGGUACAAGGUCUCCCUAUCCCAGAUUGACGAGCAAGGCGACCGCCUAACGCGCCGUUCAGCUGGGCUGCCGGCCAUGUUCUCAGCACUGUUGAGCCCCGGAGAUCCUUCUUUCUUCUCCUCAGCUGUGCUCAAGCUCAUCUCUUUGGCUCAAGCAACGAGCGCUAAGAGCUUGGAGGAUGAGCAGAAAUUGCCACAAGUACAUGCUCUCAAUUGCUUGAAGGAGAUAUUGACAACUUCAAGAUUUUCUGCUAUUAUCACUCAGUUCCUCAACCCAAUCCUAGAAUUAGCAGCAACAAGCCUUUCAUCCUCAACAUGGGCCAUACGCAACUGCGGCCUGAUGCUACUGAGAGCAUGUAUCAAUCGCCUCAGUGCCAAACUUCCUGAAGCUGCCGUCCAAUCAGGUACAACAAGAUCUCUUUCGGAAAUUCGUGACACUCCUAGCGAGAUUGCGCUCAGUCUUCUGAAGAAGGCAGACAAAGAAACGGAAAGGACUGCUGUAUCCGAGGCCAAAUCAGCAGAAACUUUAUUCUCAGCAUUAGACCUAUUGGGACACACAACGCUGCCGGACGCAAAGAAUAGCAUCGUCGACAAGGCACUUUAUCAACACCUGUCUCAUGCCAACUGGGCAAUUCGAGAUCAUGCUGCGCUACUACUGUCUAGACGUGUGAUCAUUGGGAGCUUGUCGCUAUUAUUAAGAAGCGCUCCUGGCGAGAUAGGGUCAGACAUGUCGCAAAACACUGCUCAUGGAAUUCUACUCUGCUUUAGGUACAUCUUGAAGGCUGCGGCGAACUAUCUCCAGCGAGAUGAACUGGACAAUGCACUUGCUGAGCUUACGGAAUUAACGAACAUUUUCCAAAGUGCGCAUCAAAGCUCUCCCUACAUACACGCUGCGAUUUUCGACAUAUUGAAUGAUGCGGCAGCUCUUGUAUUGGAGCACCAGUGGCCUUCAGAUGCUUUAAUGGCCAUACCCACGGCAAAAAUCGCUUUAGAGAGCCAGAGGAACUCUCUCCACGCUCCCUACCUGGACCAAAGGCUGCUCCUGUUCCGAGUCUAUACCCUCCUUAUUACGAAGGCUUCCCCGGGGUCAGACUUGAAGGACUCCUCACUUGUCCGUGAUCUUGUCUCAUCCUCGGACUGUCUGAGCUACGUGAUGGAGGUUUUGUCCCAUAAGAGCUUCUGGUCCAAGGUUCCUCACGGGGUUAAAUUCCUUGCGUAUCUCACGCGUGGUCUCCAUCAGGAUUCCGGCGUGACAGCUAGGGUACUUGAUACUGUGGCAACCUGCCUGGUUGAUAGCAUGGACAAGCUAGAUACCUCUUCUUUGCCAGAGAUAUGUUCAAUUCUGGGCAAGAGCGAACUCGUGGAGCCAAAAACACGAGAAGGGGUAAAUAUUGGUAUGAGACUUGAUGCGUAUCGGCUCUUCGCGCCGAAAACAGUCAAAGAUGAGAGCCAAGGACAGACAGCCACAGAUUUCGACCUCUGGGUCAGCAUGAUUGAAUUUGCCUCGAGGGAUGUCCUGGAUUUUCCUACCAGGUGGAGUGCAGCCAGUGCGCUUUCAACAUGUUUUCGACUGAUGGCGCAGCAGCCGGCCUUACUGGUAGCGGAACAGGUACUACUGCGCUCAAAGAUGAUAUUGUACAAUCUGUUGAACGACGACGAUGAAGAUGUCCGGGCUGAGGCGUCUUCAGCAGCAGCAAGAUUACUUGGGCACAAUGACCCAACACAGCACAAGUUAGGCCUCUGUACGAUGGCUGCAAGGGAAUUGCUGAUGGAUAGGAUUGUUGAAGAGCAUGGAAGAACGCUCACACUUGCCGAGAGUGCAAUCGUACAUGUCAUGCUCUUGAGAGAAAAUGCGUCGGAAAUCUCUGAUUUGCACUACAGCCUGGCUGACAUUUUUGCCGUGCCGGUAGCAUCGAAGCUCAAGAAGCUCUUACUUGCCAAAGAUGAUCUUUUUGCUGAGGAAAGUCAGAACCUCUACAUCGAUGAUGUGCAAGAGAUUCAGCUAUGGAAGAGGGGUUUGGAGGGAUGUGUUGAUGCUUUCACGCAGCAGCAACUUGACCUUAUUGCUACAUGGGUUUUGGAAGGACUCCAGUCUGUCGUAGAUUUCCUCCUGCCUAGCUCGACUGCAACGGAGGCGAAAGAGGAUGCUGGAGCGAAUGGAAAGCGAGUGACUGAAGACCUACGAGACCCUGAUGGUAGACGGGCCACCCUGCAUCCAUUUGGACCAACAUAUGACGCAGACUUCCUUGUUGUCUUUAUGAAAGUCAUCAGUAUAGCUGGUGUGAUCUGCCCUAGGUUGAGCAGGGCCGAGCAAGAACAAGUUUUAGUGGGACUGUGGCAGGCUCGGCAGAUUUGUCGUGAUCGCCAGGCGGAUGAGAUGUUUACCAAGGCAGUGAAAGAGGCACUGGAAACUUCACGUUGA